AUGAAGAACCGGCCGCGCAUCGAUGGGCCGGAGGUCGCCAAGGUGGAAGACCGCACCGUUUCCUGGCGUGACGCCGAGGUGCCGGUUCGCAUCUACACGCCGGCGGGCACGGGCCCCUUUCCCAUUCUGAUCUGGUGCCACGGCGGCGGCAUGGUGGUAGGCGAUCUCGAAACCGCGGAUGCCACGGCGCGGCACCUGACGGUCGAAACCGGCUGUGUGACGAUCUCGGUGGAUUACCGCUUGGCGCCGGAAUCGAAGUUCCCUGGCGCGUGCGACGAUUGCUACGCAGCCACGGUGUGGGCGUCGGACAACGCCGCCAGCAUCCAGGGCGACGCCUCGCGCAUGGCGGUUGGCGGCGACAGUGCCGGGGGCAACCUGGCUGCCGUGGUGGCACAGAUGGCCCGCGACCGCGCCCACCCCGACUUGGCGUUCCAACUGCUGGUCUAUCCGAUGACCUCGCUCGAUUUCGAGACGCCUUCCUACGUGGACAACGCUGAUGGCUACCUGCUGACCCGCGACGGCAUGAAGUGGUAUUGGGAUCAAUAUCUGGGCGCUUCCGACGACCCGAAUCACCCCUACGCCGUGCCAUCACGGGCCGGGAGCUUCAAGAAUCUGCCCCCGGCGCUGGUCAUCACCGCGGAAUUCGACCCGCUGCGCGACGAGGGCGAGGCCUACGCCAAAAACCUCGAAGCCGCCGGCGUUCCCACUGCCUGCACCCGCUACGACGGCAUGAUCCACGGCUUUUUCGGCAUGUCCGGUGCAGUCGACAAAGCCGGCCAAGCCGUCUCUGAAGCGGCCGCGGCCAUGAAAAAGGCUUUCGCCAGUAAAUAG